AUGCAACCAUCGCAAUCAUCAACACCCUACAUGUAUCCAUCAUCUCCAACAUCAAAUGUACCAUUUUAUGAUUCAGCUUACUCAUCCUUUGGUUAUGCUUCACCGGCACCGUCGCCAUUUCAUUUUUCAUCGUGCCCAUAUUCCAACGAUUCAUACUAUAUGCCAUCACAACAUUAUUCAUCUUAUUACAGUCCAGCAUCAUAUUCGUUGCCUCAAUAUUCAGAACCAUUCGCUGCAAGUACACCUGUUCAACCGAGUAAUGUAUGUCUUGUUCCAUCGACGAAGAAUGUUCAACCGAAACGUCGCCGUGCACAACCAACGACAUCAUCUCCAUCGCUAUGCCUAGCUCGCAAGCGUAUCAGUGACGAAGCAAUCGAACAUUUGAAUGCUUUCUACGCCGUGAAGAAACGUCCAACUGAAGCGGAAAAAGAUCGUCUAGCAAUGGAAUGCAACAUCUCAGUGGCACAAGUGAACACAUGGUUCAACAACGCACGUUCUCGUCGAGGUGAUACGAAUCCAAAACUAGCGCAAAAGGUUCUCAAGCAACGAAUUGAUUCGUUAAACAAUCAAGUUGCUCUUCUCCAACAACAACAAGAUGCAUCGCUAUCUGGACAUCUUUCUUUUUGA